CAAAUUCAGUUUCAGUUUCCAAACAUUACGUGAGCAGCGAGGACCUAUCAGGAGAGCUGGCUUCUGAGCCUCGACAGGGCUGGGCAGAAGUGGAGAUUUAUUCCAAGGGGGAGCCUAGUCCCCACAGAAAUGGAGCCCUGCUGGGACCUGUAUGAGACCCCUGCAGACAGUCUGGACACCUUUGUGUGUCAGAGCCUGCAGCCCCAGAGGGACUGGAAGGAGGAAGUGCAGGACGCCUGGGAGAGAACCCAGCGGUUCUUGAAGGAUCAAUGCUUCCGUGAUGAGCUGAUUGCUGACCAAGAAAUUAGGGUGCUGAAGGUGGUGAAGAUCAAGAGACCCAAUGCCAAAAUUAAGGUCACCUGGGAACCUGAGGGCGGCUCCUCUGGGAAGGGGACAACACUAAACUAUAGCUCCGACGUGGAUUUGGUCCUGUUCCUAAGCUGCUUCUCCAGCUUCCAAGACCAAGCAUGUCUCCGUGAGGCCAUCAUCAGCAUCAUCGAGGAGAAACUGACUCACUGUAGCAAGAGCUUGGCCUACAACAUCACUGUGGCCCAGCACAGAGAGAGAACCAGGGUCCCCCGCUCCCUUUCCUUCGAGGUCCAGGCCAGGAAGAACAGUGACAUCAUUAGUGUGGACGUGCUCCCGGCGUUCAAUGCUAUUGGAAAUUUUCCCCCAAACUCUAAACUACCACCAGAAAUCUAUGAAACCUUAAUAACGAGUGGCGGUUGCCCUGGGGAGUUCACACCAAGCUUCACAGAGUUGCAGAGGCACUUUGUGAAAAGUCGCCCUACUAAGCUAAAGAACCUCCUGCGGCUGGUGAAGCACUGGUACCUGCAGUACUUGAAACAUAAAUAUCGAAAGGUAGCAUUGCCCCCAAAAUAUGCACUAGAGCUACUGACCAUCUAUGCCUGGGAAAUCGGUACAGAUGAAAGUGAGAACUUCUACCUGAAUGAAGGGUUUAUAGCUGUGAUGAAACUCCUCAGAGAUUAUGAAGACAUCUGCAUAUAUUGGACCAAGUACUAUGAUUUCCAAAAUGAGGUUGUCAGAACCUUUAUCAAACAACAGUUGAAGGAACCCAGGCCUGUUAUCCUGGACCCAGCUGAUCCCACCAACAACCUGGGAAGGGAAAAAAGAUGGGACCUGGUGGCCAAAGAGGCUGUUCAUUGCCUGAGGCAGGCCUGCUGCAGGACUGAAGAUCCCCACCAAGGCUGGCACGUACAGGGAGCAAGGGAUGUGCAGGUGAUGGUGAAACAAACAGGAAAAGAGGCCUGGAAAUUCUGGGUGGACCCCUACAGUCCCAUAUGGAAGAUGAAAGUGGAGAUCAAGAAGACGUUUGGCCUCAGCGGGCAGCAGCGUCUCUCCUUCCAGGAGCCGGGAAGGGAGCGGCAACUACUCAGCAGCCAACGAACCCUGGCAUAUUACGGGAUCUUCUCUAAGGUCACUGUCUGGGUGCUGGAGACCUUCUCUUCUGAGAUCCAGGUCUUCGUGAAGGACUCUAGUGGCCAGAGCAAGCCUUACGCCAUCCACCCAGAUAACUCCAUCUAUGACUUGAAAAAAGAGAUUGAAGAGGCUGGAGGACCUGAUGUGGCAGAUCAAAUACUAAAGUUCCAGGGUCGGAAACUGUGGAAUCGUCGCAGCCUCUCAGACUUGCAGAUCGAGGACUGUGACACCAUCACACUCAUUAGGAGAGAACACAGUUCCCCAUGAGUGCCCACGAUCAGGCUGCUCAUGAGGUAGACUUCGAUGGUCCUGUCCCCCUAUCUCACCCUUUCUACCCAGACUACUGUUCUCUUCUGUAGCAUAAAUAUGAACGUAUACCUUCCCUGCUUAAAAUCCUCCAAUGACGCCUAUUACCUACAGCAUAAAGUUCAAGUUCCUUUGCUUGGCAUUUAGAAUCCUUGACAAUUUAAUCCUCGCUUACCCCCUUAAUCUCUUCUCACCACUCUCAAAACACACCAGAUGUGCCCAAACACAUGUAACUCCAGAAUACCGAAUGCUGGGUCAUAACUCCAUGACUUUGAGUCAGCUCUCAAAGUAUGGACCCCAGACCAGCAAAAUCAGCAUCACCUGGGAACUUCUUAGAAAUGAAAAUUCUCAGCAACUAUCGUAGACUUACCUGAGUCUGGUUCUCUGGUGGUGGGACUCAGCAAUUUGUGUCUUAACAAGCAUUCCAAGUAAUUCUGAUGCACACUCGAGUCUGAGAACCACUGCUAUAAGCCCCAUACCGCUCACCAAGUCUUAUUCUGAACCUAUCCCAUUCUAUAUCCAGGUCAGACUUCUGUGAAAGCACUUAGAACCUUCAUUGGAUUCCUUUGUUAAAUCAUCUAUCCACCUCUUCUCAUGAGACUUGACAAGAACUGUGUCUUAUUCCUGUGUCCCCAUGGUCAAGAAUGGUGCCUGCCUGUCACAAAUGCUUAGCAUGUGCUUGUUGAAUAAACAAAUAAACUAAAGAAUGACUUCGAA